GAACAGCCACGCGCAUCUGCACCUGCACGUCGUCACCUCUUCUUCCAAUACCUACCUCCAGCCCCCCAUAAUUCUCUUGACAACGUUGGAUGCGGCACAGGAUGGAUGGCCGACCGUCGCGGUAUCUUCGUCCCCCUCAUCAUCCUCGCCUUCAUCUUCCUCUCCCCUGACCCCGCCCGCCCCGCUACCCGCCAACUGCGCAUCGGCCGCACCCUCGACGAUGUCAUUGUCGAAGAGCAGCGCUCUCUUGCCGUCCUACAAAAUUCUUCCUACGCCUCCCACGCCCUACCACAGCUGAAUUUGACGGGACUAGAAGAUGCGCGAGGCUACGCGUGGGAUGCGCUUCCAGCAGUGCGCCAGCGUGGACGUGAACAACUGGAAUAUGCGUUAGGGCCUUUUGCCGGUGAUGCGCUGGGGUUGAAGGACGACACCGGUUCGAGUGCGUCGCCUGCACCUUUGUACCACAACAUCACGGGAUUCGUCCACGGCACAUGGGUUCGCUCCAAAGUGGACCCCGACCUGCCUCGUCCUCACCUCAACCUCUCCGAUUACGAGAUCACGGGCCCUUUUGGACUCAUCUCGCCCCGAGCCUUUGACCGAAACGUUACUGGCGAAGAAGGAGAUGUCCGUCUGCGAUUUCACAAGCAUCGGCCGCCGGCAGACGAGCUGGCCAAACACGAUGAUUUCGGCAACGUCACCAGUUUAGUUGCCGACCUUACCAUCACCGAUGACGAUUCCAGCGAGUACUCUGCACGUCUGUUCGGAGUGUACUUCCUUCAUGCUGGCCAAGCAAUCUUGACCACCACCAGCGACAAAUUCGCCGGUAUCUUCCUGCUACCCCAUCUCGCCAUGUCAGAACGCAUGUUUGCGGCUUCGAGAGGACUAUUGAACGACACCAUUUCCAAAACACUCCAACGCCAAGUGGACGGCCGCUCUGAGUCCUUCAACCCUUGGUCGUCAAGCACUCAGGAAGCUCCGGUCAAUCGCGUUAGCUUUCCUGAGUGUGAAAUUAUUGUAUACUUACAGCAACACCCUCCGACAUCUACAUCGCGAGCCGCCCCGGAUGCUUCAGUACUGUCUGUGCUCGAGAAGGAACUACGCUUUCCCACUGGAGCGUAUGUGCCUCCCGCUCCGGACAUGAAGUUCUCCAUGACUGCCUUUUCUCCGGACUGCGGAUACGUUCUGGAAUCCAAGGGUCCACCAGGAUAUGCCAUUCAAGAUGGAGCACAUUUUACUGGCCCGAAGAUGGAAGUGCUGAAUAACAGCAGCAGGAAGCACGACCUCGUCUUCACACUGGUGCUGCUUCUGCAGAUCUUCCUCUUGAAACGUCAAAUGCACGAGGCUUCUACACCGUCCACGCGCAGCCGUAUCAGCCUUUACACCGUCGCCAUGCUGGCUCUUGGAGACGGCUUCACCUUCAUGACAUUCCUGCUUGUCAGCUUCUUCAUCGGCGGGCUGUUUGUAACGAUCAUGGCCACAGCGUUUUUGUCAUUCGUCUGCGUGAGCUUUUUUGGCAUGCGCUUCCUCAUGGACAUUUGGCUUGUGCAGGCGCCAGAGCGAGCAAGGAGGCGGCGAGAAGAAGCUGAAGAGUGGCAAAGAAGGGAGGAGAUUUAUCGAGAGGCUCUUGAGAGAGUGCGGGAGAGGAGGGCUCAAGAUCCUGCUCUCAACGGCGGCAAUGCUGCGAGUAAUGGAGGUAGUGCCAACCCUGUGACACCGGCACAAGACAUCAACAUCACCCCGGCACCAUCAAUACCUCAAGAAGACGUCCCGCCAGUCGCUGAUCCUGCUGUCACGGCCACCCCUGAUCAGGCUCCACCUCCAAACCCGGCCCCUGUCGAUUCUCUCCCACCUCCAGUGACCAUGCAACGACCCACCGACACCGGCGCAGCUCCAGUCUUCAUGCCCUCAGACCAGGUAGAUCUCGAGCAAUGGGCCCCCGCUCCGGGCGCCGCCGGCCAAGCACAGAUGGUGUACCGUGAGAGCUUCGGUUCCGUGUAUACCCGCUUCUACCUCCUCCUGCUUGCGAUAUUAUUCAUGAGUCUCAACGCCAUGGGAUGGCCAUCCGGCCUCCGCCGCGUCUACUUCACCACUCUAGGCGUCAUCUACCUCUCCUUCUGGAUCCCCCAAAUCAACCGCAACGUGCAACGCAACUGCCGCAAAGCGCUCAAGUGGGAAUUCGUGCUCGGCCAAAGCUUCGUCCGCUGCCUGCCCUUUGCUUACUUCUACACCUACAAGCGCAACGUCGUCUUUUCCGACGUCGACUACACCAGCUUGGCCAUUCUUGUCGUCUGGCUGUGGGUGCAGAUUCUCGUCCUCGCUUCGCAGGAGCUCAUCGGACCCAGGUGGUUCGUGGGCAAGAACUGGGCGCCGCCGGCGUACGAUUAUCAUCCUGUGCUUCGCGAGGACGUGGAAGGAAGCACGAUGCCAAUGGGCUUCUCGGAAGCCGCUGCAGCAGCAGCAUCCACGCCUUCAUCUCCAAUCGCCGAGCGGGAAGGCGGCAGUUUAUCUCGUCGCGCGUCGCUGGCAGCGAAAGAAAGCAGGGAAAGAGGCAAGCGCGUCUACGACUGUGCAAUCUGCAUGCAGGAGCUGGAAGUGCCGGUCAUCGAGAGCGGUUCUUCCAGCGAGAGCAUGAGUGGGCCGACGGGCUUGCUGGCGCGUAGGAUGUACAUGGUGACUCCGUGUCGCCAUAUUUUCCACUCGGGGUGUUUGGAGGGGUGGAUGAAGUAUCGGCUUCAGUGUCCCAUCUGUCGAGAGACAUUACCUCCGCUGUAGAACUAUCCAUAGAAUCCCAAAAUCAUGUCAUCAUCAUCAUCACUCCUCCCCCUCCCGCGGAACAUACCUCCCAUCUCUCUCGUAAAGCCUCCGAACCCUCUCCCACCCCCUCUCAUCCUCCUUC